UUCCUAGCCCAGCUGAUGGUGUUCCUGAUCAGUUUCGUGAGCUCCGUGUUCUGCGGCCACCUGGGCAAGCUGGAACUGGACGCCGUCACCCUGGCCAUCGCGGUGAUCAACGUCACUGGCAUCUCCGUGGGAUUCGGCUUGUCUUCUGCCUGCGACACCCUCAUCUCCCAGACCUACGGGAGCCGGAACCUGAAGCACGUGGGCGUGAUCCUGCAGCGGGGCGCGCUGGUGCUGCUGCUCUGCUGCUUCCCCUGCUGGGCGCUCUUCCUCAACACCCAGCACCUGCUGCUGCUGCUCCGCCAGGACCCCGCCGUGGCCAGGCUCACCCAGACUUAUGUCAUGGUCUUCAUCCCAGCUCUUCCUGCCACCUUUCUUUAUACAUUACAAGUUAAAUACUUGCUCAACCAGGGAAUCGUCCUGCCCCAGAUCGUGACUGGAGUUGCAGCCAACCUCAUCAAUGCCCUCGCCAACUAUGUAUUUCUCCACCAGCUGCAUCUCGGGGUGAUGGGCUCUGCGCUGGCGAACACGCUUUCCCAGUUCACCCUGGCUCUGUUCCUCUUCGUCUACAUCCUCGGGAGAAAGCUGCACCGAGCCACCUGGGGAGGGUGGUCCCGCGAGUGCCUGCAGGACUGGGCCUCCUUCCUGCGCCUGGCCAUCCCCAGCAUGCUGAUGCUGUGCAUCGAGUGGUGGGCCUACGAGAUCGGCAGCUUCCUGAGCGGCAUCCUCGGCAUGGUGGAGCUGGGGGCGCAGUCGGUCGUGUACGAGCUGGCCGUCAUCGUGUACAUGAUCCCCACAGGCUUCAGCGUGGCUGCCAGUGUCCGUGUUGGGAACGCACUGGGUGCUGGAAACAUCGAACAGGCCAGGAAGUCCUCCGCGGUGGCUCUGCUGGUCACAGAGCUCUUUGCUGCGGCCUUCUGUGCUCUGCUGAUCAGCAGCAAGGAUCUUGUGGGGUACAUUUUCACUACGGACAGAGACAUCGUCACCCUGGUGGCUCAGGUGGUCCCCAUCUACGCCGUGUCCCACCUCUUCGAAGGUCUUGCCUGCACGAGCGGUGGCAUCCUGCGAGGAAGCGGGAACCAGAAGGUCGGUGCCAUCGUUAAUGCCAUCGGGUACUACGUGGUGGGGCUCCCCAUCGGGAUUGCGCUGAUGUUCGCGGCCAACCUUGGAGUGCUGGAAAGAGAGGCAUCCACAACAGAGUCUUCGCAAUCCAUCUGUCUGCAGCCUGGCCAGCCAAUCACAGGUCUGUGGUCUGGCAUCGUGGUCUGCGCCGUCUCACAAGCCGUGUGUUUCGUGGGCUUCAUCGCUCGGCUGAACUGGAAGAAGGCCUGUCAGCAGGCUCAGGUCCACGCCAAUGUGAAACCAAAUACGGCCCAGAGCGGGGACUCCACGCAGGAGCCGCUUCACUCAGAAGGCCCGGAAAACCACGGAGGAAUUUUACUGAAUGAUGUGGACAAUAAGGAUGAGCCUCGGCCGGAUCAGCAGACGCACCAGGAGGAAGCUGUGCGGGCCCACCCGGAGGACAGCGCCCCGCUCUCCUGCAAACAGCUGGUGCUGCACAGGGGGCUCCUGCUUCUCGGGCUCGUUCUCGUCUUGCUGGUGGGAAUUUUAGUGAGAGUAUGUGUCCGAGUUCAGUGACACAGAAAGUCAGGUCAGUUACUUGACAGCUUCACAGACGAUUCCAAGGCCCUGCAGUGGCGACUCAUUCUCAGUUAAAGUAAUUCAGGCCACGGAGUUCAAGACUUGGGAUUCCACAAACAGAUGGGUAGGGAGAUACAUGCUGUGUGUGUGUGUGUUUAAGUGAGAGACCGAAUGAGGUAUUUUUGACAGUCUUGCCACUUCGCAAUCCUUCUGCCUAGGCUCCCCAUUAGCCAAGGCUACAGGUGCACACCACCGUGCCCAGUCUGUUUUAGGCCCAGCUGGACCUGAACCCGGGCCUCCCAUGUGGCCUCCGCCUCUGAGCAACAUCUGAGAAGCACGUGCCACCGCGGCUGGGCCUAAAGAUAUUCUUUUCUGCGGAAGAGAAAGAACCAAGACAUAAACUUUAUUCUGGUCCAAGGCAAUGUCUGAAAAAUAACGUCUAAGUAAAAGCUCCUCUCCCGCCGUCUCAACCAAGGACCACAGUGCACGGUGCAUUGCUGUGUGGCUUUGCUACUUCCGCUCACUGUGUUUGUAGCUGAGCCCAUAUGCUAAGCACUGUUAAACUGUAUGGGCUUGCAAAAGGCCUCCCCACUCCUGUCUGGGUCCCAUAAGUGACCUCGCGAAGUCUGCUUCCUUAGUUAGGUUGCUAAGUUAGAGCCAAUUCCCAGCAGACACCCUUCAGUCACCCACGGCCCAUCCUUCACACUGAGCUCGGCAGGCCACCAUCAAGCUACACCCAAUCCAAUGACUUCUCUACCUCAUCCCCAUCCCCUCACUUCCUUUUUUUGUACAUCCUUUUCCCUUUCUUGCGCAUGAAUGUCACCCACGUGGCUAUCUGGAGUUUCUGGGAAGCCAUUCUAGUGGCUUCUUGAUUUGAACCUUUUUUUUUUUUUUUUCUUAAUUAAACUCUACUACAUUUCAUUGUCUGAGGUUUUUCUUUCCAUAGCACUUAAGGAUUCUUACUGCCUGAAUUAUUUAAAAUGUAUUUUAUAUGCUAUCUUUC